AUCAUGUGACGCUUCCUGUACGCUUUAGCUUCACGCAUUACUUUUGCUCUUCGUAACAGCAUUUAACAGCAGCAAAAUCCCAGCCGAAUCAACGCCCGGUUACGGCAUGGCAGACGGGGAGAGAUCGCCUCUGCUGACGCAAAGUCGCGACGGAACGAACGGUCUGUCACAGACAGAUGAGACCUACCGACCGCCGCUCAAACCGAAAAGUUUUCCACCAGUCACGUCAGCACCGCCACAUCCCUCUUCCAUGUUGGGAGAGGCUCCUCCACCAUACUCCUCACUGUGCUCCCCGGAGAGUGACAGUGCUCCUAUCAUCAGCUGCAGAGUGUGUCAGUCACUUAUCAGUGUGGAGGGGAAAAUCCACCAGCAUGUGGUCAAAUGUGGGGUCUGCAAUGAGGCUACACCUAUAAAGAAUGCUCCUUCAGGAAAGAAAUAUGUGCGCUGUCCCUGUAACUGUCUUCUCAUCUGCAAAGUCACCUCGCAGAGGAUCGCCUGCCCUCGACCGUACUGUAAGCGCAUUAUCAAUUUAGGUCCAGUUCAUCCUGGUGCAGGGAGUCCAAAUCCUCAGCCUAGUGGUGCCAGAGUCUCGUGUGGCCACUGUGGAAACACUUUUCUGUGGACAGAGUUUACAGAUCGGACAUUGGCACGCUGUCCACACUGCAGAAAAGUCUCAUCAAUUGGCCAGAGGUACCCUAGAAAGCGGAGUUUAAUAUGUUUCCUGUUGUGUUUGAUCUUCACCAUAGCGACUGCGGGAUUGAUAGGGGGUACAUGGCGGAAGGCACAUGACAAUAAGGGGAUAUAUGCGUCCUGGGUAAUUUUCAUUCUCCUGGUGCUGAUCUGUUUGGUCAGAGCUCUUCACUGGAUCUGCAUGAAAAUCAGCGAGCCCCUGCACAAUUAUUCUUAAUGUAAGAGAUACAAAGAGGAGGAGUUGGUAGAGGUGAAGUCCACAUGAAGGAGAUAACAGAGCAAAGCUGUUUGCAGACAGAUAUGGAACAGAAUAAUGUAUCAGUGGGUGAAUCUUAUGAAACCUCUUAAGAACAUCACCAGAUCAUAUUUCACCCCAAAAUAAAAAGACAAAUAAAUAAAUGACGUUUUAGAAUAGAA